AUGGCAAAUUUUAGCAGGGACAAUACGCUUCAGAAUCCGGAACUCGCACUACAUCUCGCCGCUCACAAGAACGACAUCAUCAAGCUGCGGGCCCUCAUCAGUGAAAACUGUGACCUGGAACGCGGGUCCUCCUACGGGACUGCGCUGCAUGUUGCUAUUACUAGCGACCAACCUGAUGCGGUGCGGAUACUGCUCGACGCAGGGGCAGACUCUGAGAAGCCUCCCGAUUGCUCUAGCUACGAAUGUGAGAACUCGUUGGUGCUGGCUGCGAUAUGGGGGAAGCGCGCCAUCGUCAAGAUCUUAUGGGAUCACGGCGUGGCGCAUGAUCUCCCAAGCGUACACAAACCAUCACUCGACCAUCUUUCAAACCAACGCAAGUCGGCAAAGAUCCGUCUAUCCGCGCUUAGUCAGGCCGCGUUACAGGGCUUCGACGGGAUUGUGAGUGACCUUUGUGCCUGGCGGGCCAUGGAUGCGGAUGAGAUGGAUGCUGCACUGUUUUUGGGCGCUGUGCGGUGGGAGGAUGAUGUUAUCCAAGCACUUCUCCAGGGCGGUAAGGUGACACAGGAUGGUCUCGAUGAAGCGCUGUUGAGAGCAGCGUCCCAUAGGAUAAUGCUAACAGAACGCGGUCUUGCGGCGGUUGACAUGCGCCCGCAAAAGCAGGGGAGGGUCAUCGAACUGCUGCUCGACGCUGGCGCAAGGAUAAAUAUUCAACAACCUGUCUCGGGUAACACUGCUUUGCAUAUCAGUGCUUCUUCACCCGAUACUGUUGGAGCAGUACGAGUUCUACUUGAGCGAGGCGCGGAUGUACAUAUUAGAAACAAGAAGGGCGAAACAGCGAUCGCAGGCGCCAUGGUAAAACAGCGCCGUCCGCCUUAUAAACAACCUCGCGAGAUCUAUAAUACGGACGCUAUUAUGAUGCUACUACAACACGGAGCCUCGGUCUUUGUUACGGAUAACUUUGGACAGACACCAAUGCAUAUACUUGCCUACUACGGGACAUAUUCGCUCUUCCAGCGUUGCUUAGAUUACCACAGCAACCCCAACAUCUUCGUUACAACUCUCUAUGGCGAGACACUGCUCCACAGGGCAGCAAAUGGGAACCAGGUAGAAAUCGUCGAGAGGCUACUUGCUGACGGAGCAUGUAUCAACGAAACGUCUUCUUCAGGUUGGACGGCUCUCAUAUUCGCUCUCUCAGAAAAAUUGGGGGGUGUAGAGAUGCUACAAGUCGUCAACUUACUCCUUGACCACGGCGCGAAGGCCACAGAUACAACCGAGGAAGGGUGGACAGCCCUACACCGUGUCGCCGAUGUUAGUGAUAGGUAUCAUGAAGGGGUCACAGCUCUCAUAGACCGUCUUAUCAGCCUUGGUGCAGAUACUGAGGCGCGGGCCGUUGUGCCAGGCAAUAUAGACAAGUAUAGGCCCGUGGGCUAUCAUCUCAAACUUUCUCUACAGGAACAACCUCCGAUCGCCAGCGAGCAGACACCGUUACACUGGGCAGCAAGCAACGGGUCGGUCACCGUAGUAGAGGCGCUACUACGGCACGGCGCCAAUCCCGUUGCGAGAGACAGUACCAAUUCAACACCUGCACUAUGUGCUGCAUAUGCACAGCCAGUCUACGGACGUGAAUAUAGUAUAGCAAAGAGGCAGCAGGUUAUCAAGCUACUACUGACUCAUGGUGCGGGUUAUGAGGAUGAAGAUGCCAACGGCAGGGGCGUCUAUGGCUGGGCCGCUGUCAAUGGAUUGCCCCUUUGGUGGCCGGAAUGUAGAAGACGAAAAGUUUAG